AUGCCCGCUAGCCACUCCAAUGAAGGUAGCGCUGAUCAAGAACAACCCAGCGAAUUCAACGAGCUGGUCAACAUGACCCCCAACGAGCUCCGCGAUUGGCUCCAAGAGGAACAGUCCCAAUCCUCCGGCUGGAGCAAGAACAAUGAGUCAGGCGAGACGGUCGGGCAUGAGAGUGGUCGCAAAAUCGUGGACAUUCUCGAAAGCAACCCGUCCAAGGAUGCCUCCAAGUACUCGGAUGAGGACAUCGAUCAUAUGCGGAGGGUGGUGUCAUACUGCAAGCGGCAUCUGGCCCAGGAGGAGACCGCGAAACAGAACACGGAUAGCAAGAGCUAUCGGUCUUUGAAGAACUGGGGCCAUGAUCCGCUGAAGGAAUGA